AUGGGGGGUUCGGUAGGGGGGGGGAGGGUGUCAUGCGCGGGGGGGCAACGGGACUUUGGGGGGUUGUAUGAACAAAGGGGGUUAAGGGAUUACUGUGGAGAAUAUGGCGAGCCGGAGGAUUUAAGUGUGGCGGUGUGUUCUUGGGUGGGGUGGGGGGGGAUUGGUCUUGGGGGGAGGGGAGGGGGGAUUGUGGUGCGGCAGCCACAAAAAAGGAGAGAGGUCGGAAAAGGGGCGGGGGGAUCAGACAUAAGUGGGGGGGAGGGGGAUUGGAUAUGGGGACUUGGGAGAGCGGGCGGGCUGGGGCGGAGAGUUAGCUGGGGGAAAUCAUUGCGAGGUGGCUUAUGGGGGGGGUUGCAGGGAAUGCGACGGAAGGAUUUUAUGACGAUCGAAUGGGGGGGUGGGGGGGUUGGGCUUAAGCGGCGCGGUCUAAGGGAUGGACAGGAUGGAGAGGGAAUAUUGCAGAGGGAGGUGGUUGACUAG